CAUACGGGUCCAGUUUGAUAGAGGGUGAGAGCGCCACCAUCAUGUGUGAGGUGCGAGUAACCGGCGGUCAGGCUGUCUUAUCGUGGUCAAGGUCCGACCAGCCUGGGGUGGACCUGGGCGGGGUCGCCAAGACCGAAGAAAUCAGCAAUACCGGCAUUUGGUUGUCAACGAAAACAUAUACGUUCACACCGAACCGCAACAUGAACUCGAAUCCGACGAUGAAAUUCGGCUGUACGGCGGAGUAUGGUGGACAGACAAAGUCAACCUCGUGGGCCGUGUUCGUAUAUGUGAUACCGACCGGUCCGAAAAUUACGUCAUCAAACAUCGUCGUGUCAGGUCAACCUGCCACGUUGGUCUGUGAAGCGACCUUUGGAAAUACCGUGCCCUCCCUGAACUGGCGUAUCGGGUCGGAUUUCAAGAGGGGCAACUCCGUGGAGUCGGCCAACGGAGACAGCACCUACAACGUGGUCAAUUCGCUCACCCAGACGUUCACGGUGGCCGACGACGGAAAAACCAUCUACUGUGAUAUGCAGUAUGAUUUGCCCAACUACGGGAAAACAGUCUCGCAGAAGCUGUCUGUCCAGUAUGCACCCAACGUGACCGUAGCCUUGACUUCGUACACCGUUAAUGAAGGCGGGAUGGUCACUUUGCAGUGCACGGUCAUUUCCACACCGCCAGCUAGCAUCGUGAGAUGGACGAAAGAUGGCACUGCCGUAGACAGGACUUCCGGUCGAUUCUCCAAUGGAAACAGUGUGGCUCAGGCAUCCUUGACUAUCAGUAAUGUCCAGGCAACAGACAUAGGCACCUACGUGUGUUACGGAACAAAUACCAUAGCAGAAGCUAGAAGCCCAGAUGUCAUCUUAAACGUGAGAUAUGGUCCAAAAGUCGUCAUUUCCUCUUUACACAUCAGCACUGAUGAGGGAAAAAACGUGGAACUCUCGUGUUCCAUCGACUCAAAUCCUGCAAUAACGCAGAUACAGUGGAUCAGGAUUAAAGACACUAUCGAGACGACCUUGACCUUGACCGGCCGCUUUACGGGUGGAUCGCUAACAAGUCCUUCGACUCUGACGAUCUCGUCCGUCGAACCAGAGGAUGCUGGUGGUUACAGGUGUCAGGCGGUCAAUGCAGAGGGGACUGGCCGGAGCCAAGACAUGACUCUUGUAGUUAACUAUGCACCUCGAGCCGUGACACUAACACCGUCUAGUCUCACCGUCCAGGAAGGUCGUCCAAUCAACAUCCAGUGCCGGGCCGACGCGUUCCCGUCAUCGUCCUACAAGUGGUAUUACCCGUCCGGCACGUUCACGUCCGGUCCACUCCUCACAGUGACCGCAUCGCUUGACCAUAACGGAGUCUUCACCUGUGUGGCCAGUAACUCCAUAGGGAAUGCCAGCAAGAAUAUUGAUGUUAAUGUGCUGUAUUCUCCUCGUUUUCAAGUCGGCUCCAGUCCGUUAUCGGCAAACGAGGGUGACGCCUCGCUGACGAUAUCCUGCGUCAUUGACGCAAACCCACCGGUGACCAGCGUGUCGUGGAGGAAAAACUUGAACGUCCUUGACCUCUUGACCCCGGCCGGGAAGUACAGCGGCGGAACUGUGGCCAGUCCGAGUCUAGUCAUCCGUAAUGUAGAGGUAUCGGACGGCGGCAAUUACGUCUGCAGUGCUCAGAACAGCCAAUCAGCCCUUGUGUUCAGCAGUGUCGUCGAGGUCAAAAUAAACUAUGCGCCAAGGAACUUGAUGAUAAUACCAUCAUCCCCGCUGACUUUUCGAGAAGGAAACAAUUAUAUACUUAACUGUCGUGCAGACGGCGUGCCUGUGCCCACAUUCGUGUGGACGUUAAAUGGCGUCGUUAAAACAGUUGGGACGAGUUUGAAUUUCCUUUCGGUUGGGCCGGAAGACGCAGGACUCUACACUUGCAAUGUUACCAAUUCUCGAGGGGGGUCCGUCAUCCAGGCCACGGUGCUUGUUCAAUAUUCUCCCAAAUUUACACUACCAUCGUCUUCAUUCGGAGGGGACAAGGGAGGCUCCCUGAAUAUAGAAUAUUCAAUUCAAGCGUACCCUGCGAUAACGACCUUUGAGUGGUUCAAAGACAACCAGAAGAUUAAUCUGACGACACCGGAUGGAAAAUACGAAGAAGGGCUGGCCAACUCGACGCGACUCGUCAUCAACGACCUUCAGCCAUCCGACGCAGGCUCGUACACGAUAAGGGCCAGCAACUCCAUAGGAGGCACAGAGUCCGACCCCAUUAUGGUGGCUAUAAGCUACACUCCGCGGAACACGCAGACAAACCCGUCGGGUUCGAUAGUGAUCACCGAGGGCGACACCACAGUGAUAGCCUGUACAACAGACUCUUUCCCUCCAGCAACCUUCAUCUGGUACAGGGGUGCGACACAAAUCGCAGACAGUGCUAACUUAACCAUAUCGGAGGCCACUCCAGAUGAUGCCGGGCAGCUGAAGUGUACUGCGACCAACGGCAAAGGAUCAAACAGUGCUGACUUCAGUAUCGUUGUUAGAUAUAAACCUCGGGCAUUCAAGUCUUACUCGAUUGUAUCAACAUCUGUGGGACAGACUGCCAGACUACAGUGUUCUACGCAUGCAUAUCCACCAGUAACUGGCUACGUUUGGAGGUUCGGAAAUACAACACUGUCGGAAACGGGACCCGUGCUAUUAAUCAUACCCACAAGCUCAAGCUCAGUGUAUUUCGGUGUGUACGUUUGUGUGGCAACAAACGAACUGGGGAUGUCCGAAGAUAUCUUGAUCUUACUACUUUCUCUGUCUCUCUAUCUGUCUCUCUCUCCCCUCUGCUUUGGUGCUUCGACAGCUGGUGACGGACUGUCUGUCACUGCAAUAGUCCUCAUUGUGCUGAGUCUCCUCAUCCUCCUCAUUGCCAUUAUCAUCAUCAUCUGGUGCUACAAAAACGGCGUCUGCUCCAAGAUUUGUCCCAAGAGGAAGAAAGGGAAAGGUCGGAUCACGCCGAUCUCCCACAGACAGAUAGCUGCCGUGGAGAUUCCUCAUCUCACUGAGCAGCAGAAGCCAGAGAAAGAACCCAACUACAUGAGUGGAGAAUCCAGAAAUCCGUCUUCCACAGCUGUUUCUCGUAAAGAUGUUGAUGUUAAUGUAAACCAGUUUACAAAACCGGCUGACAGUACUAUUAUCAUUGAAGAUGACUAUGAGAAAAACACCCGUAUACCGAAUGGAACUGGCCCUAUCAUAUCUCUUGGUCACAUGCCUUAUCAGUUACCUCCCCUUGGCACUGAAAUUGUAGAUGGCACCCCAGAAAAGAAGAAAAAACACAAGAGAAAAAGAAGGCAUUACAAAAAUGAAGAAAAUGGACGAGAGUCGCGCAGAUCUGAGAACGACUACACCCAUGAUACUGAUACACAGCCACCUACAGACCACGUGUACAGUACGGUGGCCUAACAACAAAAUAUAGACUGUACAGUGACCUGACAACAAUAUGUGCAGUACAGAGACUGUACAGUGACCGAAAAACAAUAUGUGCAGUACAGAAACUGCAAAGUGACCUAACAACAAUAUGUGCAGUACAUAGACUGUACAGUGACCUAACAACAAUAUGUACAGUACAGAGACUGCAAAGUGACCUAACAACAAUGUGUAUAGUACAGAUACUGCACAGUGACCUAAAAACAAUAUGUACAGUACAGAGACUGUACAGAGACCUAACAACAAUAUGUGCAGUACAGAUCAUUUUUAAUAAUGUGGUUGUAUACAGCACACUGACCUAUAAUACUAUGUUUGCAGACUGUACAGUGGGCUAACAACACAAUAUAGACUGUACAGUGACCUAAAAACAGUAUGUACAGUACAGAGACUGCACAGUGACCUAAAAACACUGUACAAUACAGUACAGUGGUUGUAUGCAGCACAGUGGUUUAAUCAUAUAUAUAGUACAGUAUGUGACCUAUUAAAAAUAUAUACUGUACAGUGGUCUAAUAACAAUUUAUACAGAAAAAUGUACAGUACAGUGGCCUUUUAAUAACACGCAGUACAGUGGUUGUAUGCAGCACUGCAGUGACUUAAUCACAUAGACAGUGCAGUGGUCUAAUAACCAUUUGUACAGAAACAUGUACAAUACAGUGGCCUUAUAAUAUGGAGUCUGCAAAGACUGAUUAACAACAUGGAUUGUACACAGUGGUCUAAUAACAUGGUGUACAAGAUAGUGGUCUAAUAAUAUGGAUGGUACAGCGGCCUGUUGACAAUUUGUACACGAAAGUGUAUGAGAUAAUGCGGUCUAAUAAUGGUCUUGUAAUAGUGGCCUUGUAAUAAUUUGUACGGAACGGUGGUCUAACGAAAAUAUUUACAGAACAGUGGUCUAUUAACAAUGUGUAUGGUACAGUGGCCUUGUAAUAAUUUGUGCCGAACAGUGGUCUAAUAAAAAGGUGUAAAGUA